GGCACCACGCUUGGGCUCCAGAGCUGGAGUAGCUAGCUCUGGAAGCCCACCUCCCCUGCUUCGCCUCCCUUCCUCUAUGCUGUGUGUCCUCCAGGGGCAAGAUUUUCAGUACAACAAUUGAAGAAGAUUUUAUUUUUUAUUUAUUUUAAGCUUUGCCUCUUAAUUGUUGGAGAAAAAUCUAUCCUAACUGUUUACUUUCCUGUAAACCGUUCUGGAAUUGCAAAGUAACCUCCUCUGUGCCAGAAGGUUUCUCAGAGCUGUAGCCAUUGCUCAAGGAGACCCUGCCCUUGGAGGAGACACAGCAUAGCCAGCAUCUGUCAGCAAUGCCUGUGGGGAGAAUUGAGUGCCCUUCUUUUGCUUCUCUCCCCAGAGACUGCAGCCACGAAUGCCGGGUCUGCAGGGUGACGGUGGUGGGCCUCUCGACAUACGCCAAGCACAUCUCUAGCCAGCUACAUAAGGAUAAUGUUGAUGCCCUGGAAAAUGAAGAAGUGAAGGAGGAGGCCGAGGAAGAAUACUUUGACAAGGAACUCAUCCAGUUGAUUAAUAAAAGGAAGGAACAAAGCCGGCAAGAGGCGGCCCUCAACUCCUCCAAAGGGCAAGAAUCUGAUAAUCAUCUAAGAAGAAGAGACGACCGUCUGCCAUGUAAAGACACAGGCCAACAAGAGUGGCUCCGAGAUCCAUCAGAUAGGAACUGGCAGUGGCCAAAUGACUGCUUCAGUAAUUCAAGACAGGGUUUUCUACAUCCUGCUUUAAACCACAAUCCUAAUAGACAUCUCAGUAAUUCAAGGGGGAGAUCUAGUUGGCAUACAAAUAGUCCUUCAAAUCGACAUCUGAUCCAUGUUAAAGUUGGAGGCUCUUGGCACUCAAAUGCAGGGGGGGCAACCAGCUGGCACCAAAGAGGCACAGGUAGAAAUUUUCAUUGGCUUCAAGAAGGUAAUGGAAGUUUUCCCAGCCAGUACCUGAGAAACUGUGGUGAAAACUGGCAACCUAAUUCAUACGGUAGUGACCAGUGGAACUUUGGUGCUAAUAUUGAUGCGUUUUCUCAAGCAAGAAACAGACCACCGAGACACUGCGACCCUGUUCAGGAGAAAGAUGCAAGGUGGAGCUCAAAAAACUGUGUGUCAGGGUCUUUCUGUAAAGAAAGAUAUAAAUGGAAAAAGGUUGAAAAUAAAACCAGCAAUAGCACACCCUUUUCAAAUUCAAAUAUAAACCCUUCAAAAAACACAGAUAACUUGUCCAGUUCUAAGGGCAACGCUUCAAAAAAGAAAGACCAUUUACCAAACACUAACGGGAACGCUUCAAAAAUUACCGAUGACUUUACAAGUGAUCACAUAGAAGACAACUUUUUAGGGUUUAAAAUAUCAGAGGAUUUAGACUUGCCAUCCAAACUAAAAUCUACACCUUGCUCUGAUAAGAGCAAUAACCCUUUAAGAGAGAAACCCCAUCGAUGGUCUCCUUACCCAUCACAAAAACUUUCAGAGAUUCAACCAGUAACUCUGCAAUCCGUUGGCAAGGCUCCAGCUGAUGGAUCCAAGGAGACCAAGAGUGGAGAUCCAAAAACAGACCAGAUAUCGCAAGCCAAAAAUGUGCCUGAGAUCUGUCCUGAAACGACGGACGGAAAGAAAGCUGACCACAAUGAGUAUAAGAACUACCGCAUGCCUUCACUAAAAUCCCCGCUACGCAACAUAUCCGACGUAAAAGCUUCAACUCUGAAAAGAGAUCAAAAAAACCCUUUAAAAGGUGUCAAACUGAAUUCUUCUACUUCUUCGUUUGGGGAGAGGCAGAAUCGAUUAAGUGCUCUUAAUUUAGAAUUGAUUAGGUCCAAUUCUUACAUAUCCAAGUUGCGAAGUGCAUCAAAAAACGCAAAGACUAAUCAGGAUACCCAAGACAGCGGAAAGAAGGAACCAGUUGAAACGCUUAGCGAGGUACUGCGCAAGGCCAAAGAGAUGCUGCGCAGUAGCCAGGCAAUUCGCAGUCCAUACAUACAGUCUAUGAGUGACACCCCUAGAAAUCAAGACCCACCAAGAGCAGAGGCAUCUAAAAAUUCCCUCCAGGCCAGUAUUUCCUUUGACUAUUCCUUAGAGGAUGUGAGUGAUGAUGAUAUGUUCUGUCCCACUGCUGCAGAUUCCAACAGCUCUCGUGCAAAUUUCACACAAAAGAGAGAUGAAGACUUAAACACUACUGACCUGACUCCCUCUGUCCCACUCUCAAACAACCAUGCCAUUUCACCAAACAACCCCGAGUCCGUUGAUGGUGAAGAUAACCGAAAUUCUCAUCUUGGUCAAGACCCUCUUGAUACUGACUGUUUAGAAAAUGUUUCCGAUCUUGAUCUACAAAAAGGUGCUACAAAUUCGGCCAAUACAGUUUUACCAGAAUUGAGCAAACUAGGACUUCCUGCUUCUCUCCAGAGAGAUCUCACUAGACACAUUAGUUCACGAAGCAAAACUGGAUCACAUCUCCCUGAACCCAACCUCAAUAGUGCACGACGCAUCAGAAAUGUGAGUGGUCAUCGAAAAAGUGAGACUGACAAGGAUUCAGGUCUUAAACCAACCCUAAGGCAAAUUCUGAAUGCUUCGAGAAGGAAUGUAAAUUGGGAACAGCUCAUGCAGCAUGUGAACAAGAAGAGGCAGGAACUAGGCAAAGGUUUGCCAAGAUUCGGCAUAGAAAUGGUAGCACAGGUUCAAAGUGAACAGGAUGGUCUUGACUUUGAUGAAGAAUCGGACAUGGGUUUUGAAGGUUACCAUUGGGACUCUAUCACUGCAACUCCUCUAAGUUCAGCACGGAAGCGGAGCCUCUCUGAAAGCAGCGUCAUUGUGGAGAAGCCCUCUGUUUUUGAUAUUUUUAACAACUACAGUACAGAGUUAUGUAGUGAACGAGGCAAUCCAACUCGGCCCCCGACACAAGUAGCAACUGGGCAAAAAGCGCCCUCUCAUUUCAUACCUCCCACAAAGCAGGUAGAGGAGCAAGGCAAUGUCACUAGCUCUCCUCCUGCAGUGGACGCAGCAGACCCUUCAAUCCCAGUAUUUUCUGAAACGUCACAAAGUCAGAGGAGCAACGUGGAAGCCUGUGUGGCCUCAGACAGCUUGCAUACGUGUCAGAGGGCUAGUGAAGAAGUAAUUCACACUGCUGCAACGUUUAUAGAAGCCAUUCAUUCUGAUGGAGCCACUGAUAGCUGUACAUCUGCCACUGAACAAUAUGAUGGUCUGGGAGUUGGAAAGAAAAGAAGGGCCACUGGGGAUGGUUCGUAUCCUGAAUCCUCAAACAUUGAAAUAAACACCAAAAGAAGAAAAAUACGUGGACGGAAAGAGCGUUCUCAAUUGGAUCAGCUGCUAAACAUCUCCUUAAGAGAAGAAGAGCUGAACACGUCACUCCAGGGAAUCGACAACAACCUUCUAAAGGCUCGAUCUGCUCUACAAGCGGCUUAUAUGGAGGUUCAGUGUCUGAUGGUGCUAAAAGAGCAGAUAACUAUGGAGAUGAGUGCCAUGAGGACACAGAGAAUUCAGCUUUUGCAAGGACUACAAGCAGAGACUUAUGAACCUACGAAUGAUGGUGAAGAGGGAGCAAACAGCACAUUACAGACACCGGUAGUGUCUCCAAGAAAUGUACUUCCUCAUCUCUUGGAGACUCCAGCUUAUUUGUCAUCACAUGCAGAAUCAACUUGCCCCGUCCUGCCAUCGUCUGUCCCUGUGUGCACCUCCCCAACUGCCCCUGCAAUUCCUGAUUCAUCAAUACCGAUUAAACAAGAACCACUUUCACCUGUGAGGAUAGAAGAAAAUGCAAUCACGACACUGCUGCUGCCGCUAGCAACCCAGGCACAGUCCAGUGCUCCACCACAGACUAACGGCCCUGCGGAGCACAGAGAGGCCGCACUCAUCACAGCGAAAACGGGGAAAAAAAAGAAAAAAUUGCGCAAGAAGAAGACCUUAAGAGCUGCUCAUAUACCUGAAAACAGUGACACUGAGCAGGACGUUGAUGCCAACAAGCCAGUGAGAAAGGUCCGGUGUAGAAGACCUUCUAAGGAAGCAACAGUCAGCACUUCUACAUCUGUAGAACAGGAGGGUGACGCCGCAUCACCGCAAGCCGAGCUGAACAGAGAGGACAAUGACAGUGACUCCAUCAUUGAAGUGAUGGAAGUAAGGAAUGCUCGGUUUGAAGAGCUGCCGAUAAGCCCCAAUUGUGAUGAUGAAAAACCAGACAGUCCAUCAAAAAUUGACCUUGCAGAUUUUGUGCGCUCGUUCCGGGGAGCUGUUGAAAACCAUAAUGAAGUGACAUCUACCAGUGAACUUGGCUUACGUUACUUGGAUAAAAUCUCAAGAAGCAGGACUAAAGCUCACAGAGAUGCCAGCAAUGCAGUGAAGAUUUCAUCAGAAGUCUCAUCGGAACCUGGUGAAGAAGAGCAACCUACAGAAGGCAGCUUUGAAGGACAUCAGGCGUCUGUUAAUGCCAUUCAGAUCUAUGAUGAUACCCUCUACACGUGUUCUGCAGACAAAUCCGUGCGGGCAUACAACCUUGUGACCCGGAAAUGUGAAGGUGUUUUUGAAGGACAUACAUCGAAGAUCAACUGCCUUCUUGUGACUCAGACACACGAGAAGAAUGCCGUGUUGUAUACUGGGUCCAGCGACCACACAGUCCGGUGCUACUCUCUAGAGUCCCGCGAGUGUAUUGAGAAAUUAGAUCUUGGAGAACGAGUCCUAUGUCUUCAUGUAAGAUGGAAAAUCCUCUAUGUGGGACUUGCCAAUGGGACAGUGGUCACAUACUCCAUUAAGAAUAACAAGAAGAUUGAUGUGUUCGAAUGUCACGGUCCCCGGGCGGUUAGCUGCAUGGCAACAGCACAGGAAGGGGCUCGACGAUUACUGCUCGUUGGUUCCUAUGAUUGCACGAUCAGUGUUCGAGAUGCCCGUAAUGGUCUUCUGCUUCGUACUUUAGAAGGUCAUACUAAAACCGUCCUCUGUAUGAAGGUUGUCAAUGACUUGGUGUUCAGCGGUUCAAGUGAUCAGUCGGUCCAUGCUCAUAACAUUCAUACAGGGGAACUGGUACGAAUUUACAAAGGACACAAUCAUGCAGUUACUGUAGUUAAUAUCUUGGGGAAUGUCAUGGUGACGGCCUGCUUGGAUAAAUUUGUUCGAGUUUAUGAGUUACAUUCACAUGACCGAUUACAAGUCUAUGGAGGACAUUCAGAUAUGAUCAUGUGUAUGGCAAUCCACAAAAGCAUGAUCUACACAGGCUGCUAUGACGGUAGUGUCCAAGCCGUGCGUCUGAACCUGAUGCAGAACUAUCGCUGCUCGUGGCAUGGAUGCUCGCUUAUUUUCGGUGUUGCUGAACAUCUGAAACAACAUCUACUAACAGAUCACACAAAUCCAAACUUCCAGACUCUGAAGUGCAGGUGGAAGAACUGUGACGCAUUCUUCACAGCCCGACGAGGUUCCAAGCAGGACGCAAUUGGACACAUUGAACGUCACGCUGAAGACAGUCUAAUCAGCUUUUAAAAGAAGCACGGUACCUCCCAUAUUGGGAAGAAUCUAUCUAAGCAACAUCGAGAAUUUUUUGCAACUGUGAACGUCUCGGUCUUCCUGCACAGUACAGCCUCUCGUUAGCCAGACGAUGUAAUGUGCAGAGAAGCAUCCUCUCUCCUUAUUGUGCGACUGCACACAAAGCGACAGCCAAAACGGCGCCUAUGCCCAUGGUCUGCGUCACUCUUUUAUGUCCAUUGUCCUUGUUCUUCAUUUUAAAUGGCUUAUUUAUUUGGUGUAAUGGAACAGAGCAAAACUUUUUAAAUGUUCAAAGUAUGUGUGUUACUUUUAUUCUCAUGGGCACUGCAUGAAGAAAUCUAUUGUAGAUUUCCUCCAUGAAACUUUCUUAUUCCAGUCUAAUUCUUAAAAUUCCACUUUUACAUAUUUUUUUUUUU